UAAGGGGUAGUGUUGUGACUGUGUUCUGCUGCUAUCCACACGCUGGGAGAGUCAAAUCAAUGGUGCUCCACUGCACACUCAAGACAGCUCCAAAAAUGUUUUAAACAUAUGUGUGAUUGCCAUGUUUAUCAUCACUUAUUCAAAGUCUGAGUGUAAUAUACAUCAAGCUUGACAUGGACACUAGAACAUGAAACCUUUUGCCUCCUAUCCUAGCAUUCAAAUAAAGUCCCACACUACUGUAGCUCUCGGGAUUAGAAAAGACUACUUCUAGAUAGACUGCAUAGACUGUACAAUCCUAAACAGCUGCUGCCUGUCUAGGACCUCUAUAGGCUGGGGCUUGUUGUUCUGUCUACAGUUACACUGUUUUCCUUGACAUUUUUUCCAAACAGGGAGCAGGUUACCAGAAAUGUAAAACCACUUGACUAUAAUUAGCCUGGUCAAGGGAUGCCCUAUAUCCUCACAGUGCUGAAGUAAUAUAUGUAUAGCCUUAGUUGGGUUUAUAUUCUGUUGUUCACUCAUCGCACCUCACAGAUUUUUGUUUGUGUGUUAGCUACUGUGCUGGGGCGCUUAUUACCAAACUCUCAAAAGAAAAGGACUCAGAGUAAAACAUUGUAAUCGUUCGCUUUGUUUCUUUUUCCUUUUUGCCUGUCUUUUAUGCACUCGUUAUACUUGCACCACCACAGCCAGGACACCUCUCACAUGUCCUCCUUUAAUUAGACAAGGAGAGCGGACUUCUCAUAGUAUGAAUCCGAGAUCUUGUCAUGGAUGUUGUUAAAGACACUGCCAUAGAGAGUGAUAGAGGCCUCCACGUACCUGAGUGUAAUGAAUGGCAGACGGAGUCGAUGUGAACCGAAGUACAGAGCGCAGACAAUUUAAAUAAAUGGCGAAGCAGAGGCACCAAACAAGGGGGAGGCAGAAAGUCUAAGCAAAGCAGGCAAAAAGGUCACAAAUCCAAGGCUGCUUUCAGGAGACAGAUGGUGAGUAUUGGAGGUGGAUCUGGGAUGAGGGCUGCGUUCAGGAGACAGAGGGUGAAUAUUGGAGGUGGAUCUGGGACGAGGGCUGCGUUCAGGAGACAGAGGGUGAAUAUUGGAGGUGGAUCUGGGACGAGGGCUGCGUUCAGGAGACAGAGGUCCAGUAAUGACGACUACUCCCAGAAUCCUCUGCUCAGCGUGGAGCCCCUCACAGAGACACUGAGAGGGGAUAAAAAGAGUGGCAAAGAUCAGAGUUACUCAGAAGGCUGACCUGACAGGGUCACACACAGGACCAAGCAGGAGGACCUCAGCAUUUUACCCUUUAUUACAAAUGGAGGAACAUGAAGAUGACCAAUACUGUUUUCAAGACAAAAAUUCUACUUGCAGAAAGAUUUCAAUAUCAACAUCUAUUUGCAUAACUCUGUACAUCUUCUUUUUAUUGAUUUCAGGUGUUACAGUAUUUUUGAACCUACUAGUGAUAAUCUCCAUCUCUCAUUUCAAGCAGCUCCAGACUCCAACCAACCUGCUCAUCCUCUCUCUGGCUGUGUCAGAUCUCCUGGUGGGACUCAUUGUGAUACCAGCAAUGACUGUAGCAAUAAUGCAACCAUGCUGGGUACUUGGGAGAUAUUUCUGUGUGUUGCUUCUCUAUACAAAUUGUUUGUGUUGUUCUUCAUCUGUUGGCAAUUUGAUCUUGAUUUCUGUUGACCGUUAUGUUGCUGUGUGUGAUCCUUUAAUGUACUGCAUGAAAAUAACAAUAGCAAGAAUUAAGUUUUGUAUCUUCAUUACUUGGUGUUGUUGUAUCAUAUAUGAUGCUGUUCUUGUAAAUAUCUUUGUAAAUGUUCAGGUACCCAUUAGGUGUUUUAAUGAAUGUAUUUUCAUUGAAGGACAUUUCUGGGUUAAUGUCAUUGACUUUGUAAUUACAAUGGGUAUCCCAUGUUCUAUUAUUAUAACACUUUAUUUAAAAAUAUUUGUAGUAGCCAGAUCACAGGCCAGGAAGGUAUUUUCCAAAAGUAUUUCCACUGUAUCUGGUGUUAGAACUGUACAGGCAAGUAAACCUGAAAGAAAGGCAUCAAAAACUCUAGGUAUUGUUGUUUUCAACUAUUUAAUAUGUUGGAAUCCAAUUACUUUUUUUGUGUCAAUGAUUUUUUCAAGCCAAAGCUUAACAUCAAUUGUCUUAACCUUUCUGCCAUUUGUUAAUUCCUUUAUAAAUCCAAUAAUUUAUGCUUUCUUUUACAAAUGGUUCAUAGUGACAGCUAAACAUAUUUUAAGUCAUAAACUAAGUUGUUAAUAUUUCCUGUGUUUUUAUUCCUUAAUCCGACAGACAUUAAUUUGAAAUAGUUAUGUUGUACUGUAUUGUCUUUGUAAUGGCAUCUUGUUUCAAUAAUCUGUCAAACAGUUUCUUAGUUACGUGUUACCAUAGAUACAAGACUGAUACAAGAUGUUUUGAAACAGAAUGAUUUCACUUGACUGAAAUUACAUU